CCUAAGCAUCAAAUAAAUAUAAUCUAAAAACAGUAGUAGUAACAAUUUAAAAUGAUUUUAUUGGUACUUCUAUACGUAACCGCUCUUGUCUCAGCUAAAAUAGCCCCUCCUUACAAUCUACGAGAAGGACCAGAACAUUUCGAAGAUUUUAUAAAUGUCCAUAACAAGGUAUAUCAGAGUGACGAAGAAAAAUCAAUGCGUUAUGAGAUAUUUUUGAAGAAUUUGGAACAAAUUAACCUGUUGAAUGAUAAAAAUAAUCACACUGAGUUUGGUGUUAACCAAUUCACUGAUUUGACACUCCAAGAAUACCUAACAAUAGUCUCAUGUUUUAAACCACCUUCUGAAUAUUUACAAAGCUGUAGGUCUGCCACUCCAGAACCUAUACACAAAUAUAAAGUUGUAGGAAUACCAACACAAUUUGACUGGCGUGAUAAGAACGUGGUUACUAGUGUCAAGAACCAAGGAAGGUGUGGAUCCUGUUGGGCUUUUAGUACCAUUGGUAACGUAGAAGGUAUAGGUGCUAUCAAAACUGGAAAGCUGGUAGAUCUAUCGGAACAGCAAUUGGUGGAUUGUGAUAAAGGAGACCGUGGAUGUAAUGGUGGACGUAUGGACUUCGCUUUACAUUACCUAAUCAGUAAAGGCUCUAUGUCAUUGGCAAGCUAUCCGUACGAGGCUAAAGAGCAGCAAUGCAAAUAUGACAGUGCAAAAGUAGUUGUCAAAGUAAAAGACUGCAUAACGACAAACGGUACCGAAGAGUUUAUAGCUGAAAAAUUGGUUGAAAUUGGGCCACUGUCUAUCGCGAUCGAUGCGAUACCUCUUAUGCAUUAUAAAGGAGGAGUGAUCAAUGGAGACGAUUGCUCUUUAUACCAGGACCUCGAUCACGGUGUCCUUCUAGUUGGUUAUGGCGUCGAUAACAAUAUGCCAUAUUGGAUAGUGAAAAACUCUUGGGGAGAGACCUUUGGUGAAAAAGGUUACUUCAGGAUGCAAAGAGGGGUAAAUUGUCUCGGAUUUGCCUCUGGUUUUCCACCAAUUUCAGCUAUCGUUGACAAUUUAAAAAUGAUUUUAUUGGUAAUUCUGUACGUAACCGCUAUUGUCUCAGCUAAAAAAGUCCCUCCUUACAAUCUAAGAGAAGGACCAGAACAUUUCAAAGAUUUUAUAAAUGUCCAUAACAAGGUAUAUGGAAGCGAAGAAGAAAAAGCUAUGCGUUAUGAGAUAUUUUUGAAGAACUUGGAAGAAAUUAACCAGUUGAAUGCUGAGCAUAAUCAUACUGAGUUUGGCAUAACCCGAUUUUCCGAUUUGACGCUCCAAGAAUUUUUAACAAAACAAACAUGUUUGAAACCCUCUGGUAACAUUCUUUAUGUAGACUGCAGAUCUGUCGCUCGGGGGAUGAGAAACGAAGAUGAAAUUCUGGAACUACCAACCGAUAUUGACUGGCGUGAUAAGCACGUGGUCACCAGAGUCAAAGAUCAAGGCCAUUGCGGAUCCUGUUGGGCCUUUAGUGCUGUUGGUAACGUAGAAAGUAUAUACGCUAUCAAAACUGGACAGCUUGUUGAACUGGCGGAACAACAAUUGGUUGAUUGUGAUUCUGCCGAUAAUGGAUGUCGUGGAGGAUGGCCAUACCAGGCCUUAGAGUAUUUUAUAUCUAAAGGUGCUAUGACAUCCGAAAGCUAUCCUUAUGCAGCACAAGCCGGUACAUGUAAAUACGACGCUAAUUCUGUGGCAGUUAAAGUCACUGACUGCGUUUAUGUCACUGGCGGUGAGGACUCCAUAGCUGAUCAACUAGCUAAAAUUGGGCCACUAUCUAUCGCUGUCGAUGUGACUCAUAUAAGACAUCAUAGAGGAGGCGUGAUAACCGGACAAAUUUGCCAACACGAGACAAUUAAUCACGCUGUUCUUCUAGUUGGGUAUGGAACAGAUAAGGAAAGUGGACUUCCAUUCUGGUUGGUGAAAAACUCUUGGUCCACCUCUUGGGGAGAGCAAGGAUACUUCAGGAUGCAGAAAGGAGUGAACUGUCUUGGCAUAAUGAACAACAAACCAGUCUCAGCUGUCGUUUAAUGAUACUAAAGAUCCAACAGAUCCUUCUAUUUGUUAACUUACACAUUCAUUCUAUAUAUUUGUUUUACACUUAUUUUAUUUUGUUCAUCUUAUUUGGAUUAUAAUUAAUCUAAUGCUUGUUUCUAAUGUACCUAUUAUAGUAAUGGUUUAGCUCAUUCUCACAUACUUACAUAUUGUUUUUUUUUUUUUCGAGAGAAUCUGUACCUAAUUGGCCAUAAUUUUGUAAUCAGCGUCUAAGAAGCUUAUUGACUGUUGAUUUCCCUAUAAUAAUAUAAAUAAAAUUUUUUAGAACA